CCUGCGCCGCUGGGGCGGUACUGGGAUAGCGAUGGAAACGCCCGGCACUACGGUCCGGGCCGUACUGGUGUCCGCGGCGUCCGGGCCCCGGAGGAAGCGCGCCGCCGGAGAGGCCGGGGCUCCGACGAGCAGGCAGCGGGUCCUGGACGAGGAGGAGUACAUCGAGGGCCUCCAGACGGUCAUCCAGAGGGACUUCUUUCCUGAUGUGGAGAAGCUGCAGGCACAGAAGGAGUACCUGGAGGCCGAGGAGAAUGGAGACCUGGAACGGAUGCGCCAGAUCGCCAUCAAGUUUGGCUCUGCCCUGGGCAAGAUGUCCCGAGAGCCCCCUCCGCCCUAUGUGACUCCAGCCACAUUUGAAACCCCUGAGGUGCACACGGGCACCGGGGUGGUGGGCAGUAAGGCCCGGGGCCGGGGCCACAGCCUGGAGGACGGCGAUGGAGAGGCCACAGAGGAGGAGGAAAGGGAACCCCUGCCCAGCCUGGACGUCUUCCUGAGCCGGUACACGAGCGAGGACAACGCCUCCUUCCAGGAGAUCAUGGAGGUGGCCAAGGAGAAGAGCCGGGCGCGCCACUCAUGGCUCUACCAGGCCGAGGAGGAGUUUGAGAAGAGGCAGAAGGAUAAUCUCGCACUCCCGUCGGCAGAGUGCCAAGCCGUGGAGAGUGGCCAGGCUGGUGUGGAGACCUGGAAGUACAAGGCCAAGAACUCCCUCAUGUACUACCCAGAGGGCGUCCCCGACGAAGAGCAGCUCUUCAAGAAGCCACGGCAGGUGGUGCAUAAGAACACCCGCUUCCUCAGGGACCCCUUUAGUCAGGCCCUCAGCAGGUCCCAGCUGCAGCAGGCCGCUGCCCUCAACGCCCAGCACAAACAGGGCAAGGUGGGCCCGGAUGGCAAGGAGCUUAUCCCCCAGGAGUCCCCUCGCGUGGGCGGAUUUGGAUUCAUUGCCACGCCUUCUCCUGCCCCUGGUGUGAACGAGUCCCCACUGAUGACCUGGGGGGAGGUCGAGAACACGCCCUUGAGAGUCGAAGGAUCUGAAACGCCCUACGUGGAUAGGACGCCAGGGCCAGCCUUCAAGAUCCUGGAGCCGGGCCGCAGGGAGCGGCUGGGGCUGAAGAUGGCCAACGAGGCUGCCGCCAAGAACCGGGCCAAGAAGCAGGAGGCCUUGCGGAGGGCGACAGAGAACCUAGCCAGCCUCACCCCCAAAGGCCUGAGCCCAGCCAUGUCUCCAGCCCUGCAACGCCUCGUGAGCAGGACAGCCAGCAAGUACACGGACCGGGCCCUGCGUGCCAGCUACACACCAUCCCCAGCACGCUCUACCCACCUCAAGACCCCAGCCGGCGGGCCCCAGACCCCGACGAGCACACCGGCUCCUGCCUCUGCCACACGCACCCCCCUCAGCCAGGAUCCGGCCUGCAUCACGGACAACUUGCUGCAGCUCCCCGCCCGGCGCAAAGCCUCGGACUUCUUCUAGUCUGUCCUGGGCUGGGCCCGCGGGAGCUUCGUGGAGCCCUCAGGGCAGCUCUCUGCCCAGCAGAGGACUCUGGCUUUCUGGGGACCCAGGCCUGAGCCCGAAGCAGCGAGCAUCCCAGGAGACCCAGAAGACAGGUGCUGGGCUGGCACAGGACCUGCCCCGCGGCCUUGGGGAGCAUCCCAGGGCCUUGCUGACAUGCUUUUCUGUCGAACCCCAACCUGUUCCUAUUUAAUCCUCAUUAAAGAACAUCUACAGCUCA